AUUUCAAACCUUGAGCUCUUUGUGUCGUAUUUUCUCCUCCUUUCUCUUUGAGGAGGGGUAGUGAGAGAGUGUCUGAGGCGGAACUCUGCUGCCCACCCGAGUAAAACCACCCCAGCAUCGCGGCCGCCAGCUGGCUGGGAGUGCCGCAGCCUCCUCCCCUUCCCGGGGCAGAGCCACCUGCCAAAGCCACCCAGCCCCAACAGGGCCACCAGCCUGUCCCCAGCCCCUCAGGUCCCGCCGUGGCCCCCGAGCCCGGAUGCAAGAGGUUUUAUGGGGCCGGGAGAGCCACCCAGCCGGAUCCUGCGCUUCCCUCCCCGCACGCUGCCGGUCACGCUUUCCUGUCCCUCCUCCGGACAUCCCCGCCGUCCCCGAGCCCUCACAGCGGGCACCGAGCCUGCCCAGGAUGCUCUCGUCCCUGUGAGAAAAAUCUCAAUAAUUUUCUCAGACAGGGUCUUAUGUGAAGCUAUUUUAUUCGCGAUCGCAAUGGCGGGCGUCCUGCAAGCACGAGCGCCCAGUAAAAGUUUAUCCUAACCUUACAUUCCCUAUGACCUGACACCUGAUUUCUCCCCUGUUUCCUCAUGGGCUGAGAACUACAGGUUCACAGCCUACUCGACGCACUUCUAUACCAUAGAUGUACAAUUUUGUUUGACCAACUGUUAAUUUCUCCUUUUUUCCUUCUCUCAUGAGUAGAGGGCCCAUGAUUUUUGUUUUUACCGAUUUUGCACUUCUCGUCCUGUUUUUCUUAGGGAUCCUCCUAAUUUUGGGACAGUGGGACCUUCCCCUUAUCUGCUUACCAUACUCCCCGCUGCUACGCUACUGUCCUGCCUGCACAAUCAUUUUUGAAUAUGCAAGGUUAGAGGAGGAAUUUUCUACCGCAAAAACACAACUUUAUUUCUCACAGCACCCACCCCCGGGCACCCCCAGCCCCCAGACGCCCAGCAGGGCUGGGGGUACCCUGGGCCGGAGCUGCCCCUUGCCAUGAGCCCCUCUGUUGCUGCUGCUGCUGCUGCUGCUGCUGCCGCCCGCAGGUGCCCUUGCAGCCCUGGGGCUGCCCUGUACUCACAGCAGCAUCCCCUCGUGCACGGCCCCGUCCGGGUGCAGCUUCUCGAUGAAGGAGACGUUCAGGACCAGGUUAGUUUUCUACUGCAAAAAAACAUUUUACUUCGAAAGCGUGUUCUACUGCAAGAACACAACUUUUCUUCUCACACCUUUUUUUCUCUCCCCUGCUUUUUUGCCCGGGCCUGCCCUCUUCCUUCCAUGGCGGCCUUCUUUCCCAAUAUCCCUCUCCCUUUCCUGUAAAUGAGAACGAAAGGGACCAGGGAGCGUCCCCACCCCAGCAGUGGCACCAUUUGAAGCGGUGCCAGGGCCACUGGCACGGUGCCCACAGGUGGCGCCCUAUGCCCCAUGGAAGGGCUGCAUAUAAGUAACCCAUGGGACGCAGGCAGGGGUUGAAAAACACCACAGCUCCACGUGUUCUGCGCACCGAGCGGAGCAGAGGUAACAACUCGCUGCAGGUCCAGGGCUGCUGGGACCGGGCCGGGGGGGGGGGACCUCUGGGUCUGCAGCUGGGCACCGGGGUCCUUCUGCGCAUGGAGCACCUCGCCCUGGGCUGGCUGCUGCUGGCUGGCACCUUGGCUGGCACCUCAGCCGCUGGCAGCAAGCAGGACCUCAACGCCAGCACGGAGGUGGCGAUGGACAUGGCCCAGAACUCCUUUGAUGACCAGUACCAGGGCUGCAGAACCAGAAUGGAGGAGGAGCUGAAGGAGGUGAACCGCACCGAGUUCCAAAACCAGACCUAUGCGGAGACCUGGAGAAGCGCAGUCGAGAAGUGGCAGAGUCAACAGGGCAACUCCAUCUACCCGACGGUGCUGCGGAAGGAGCAGGCGGUGGCCGUGCUGGCGUACACUGCCGGGACAGGCCUGUACAAACAGUUCAAUGCGGCCGUGCGUGAGGGCGGGCGCUCCCGCGAGUACUACCUCCAGUCCUUCCACUUCAAGACGCUGCACUUCCUCCUGACCGAGGCGCUGCGCACCCUGCGGGAGGCCCAGGAUGUUCAGGACUGCCACACUGUCUACCGCGGCAUCAAGGACAUCCGCUUUACGGCCCAGCUCCACCAGACCGUCCGCUUUGGCCAGUUCGCCUCCGCCUCCCUCAAGAAGGAGGUUGCCCAGAAAUUUGGCAACGACACCUUAUUUUCUGUGCACACCUGCUACGGUGUCUCCAUCAGGAACUUCUCCUUCUACCCUGAUCAGGACGAAGUACUCAUCCCACCCUUUGAGGUCUUCAAGGUCAUCAAUUUCACCCGUGACAGAGACGGAAACUUCAUCCAUCUCCGCUCCCAUGCCGUGCACAGCACCUACAACUGUGCGCUGCUGAAGGAGAAAAGGUGCAAGGAGCAGCCGUGUGUUUUCAGCCCAGGCAGGAGCAGUCCCAGGGAACCCCCACACCUCUGGGGUCUCCUCUUGGUAGCCACAGCCCUGGCAGCCGUGGGAUGCCUCUAACCCAACUAUGCUGGUGCUGCACCUCCACAAGGAAAAUGGGGCAGAAACGUGAAAACACAUUUAAUGGAAACUGUGGGAUUACGCUUUCCUCUUCCGGAUGCUUUCUGCUCCAGCAGGAGCGGUGCCACCAGCCCCAGGAUGCUCCGGUGGCCCUAGAACACCAGCAGAGGCUGGAGGAAGCCUUUUCCUGGCUUUUCCAGAGAAAUAAAAGCAUUGCUGUAGGA